UCUCAACAUCAGAGAAUGCACACAGGGGAGAGGCCCUGUGAAUGCAAUGAGUGCGGGAAAACUUUCAGUCGCAGCUCGCACCUUAUUGGGCAUCAGAGAAUCCACACAGGGAAGAGAUCCUAUGAAUGCACUGAGUGCGGGAAAACUUUCAGUCGCAGCUCACACCUUAUUCGGCAUCGGAGAAUCCACACGCAGGAGGGGUCCUAUGAAUGCAGUGAGUGCGGGAAAACCUUCAAUCGCAGCUCUCACCUUAUUCAGCAUCAGAGAAUCCACACGAGC